GGAAGUCGUGUAGGCAAAGUGAUCCCGCAGUGCAGAGAGACGGCGAGGUGCGCGGGUGACUGGGAUCGGACGGCCAACCGUAGCUAUCACUUCGCCGCCCGAGAAGAUGACCCGCUUCGCUCUGACCGUUGUCCGACAUGGAGAAACCAGAUUUAACAAGGAGAAAAUAGUUCAAGGACAAGGAUUCGAUGAGCCUCUUUCAGAAACUGGGUUUAAACAGGCAGCAGCUGCUGGCCUAUUCCUCAAUAACGUGAAGUUUACGCAUAUUUUCUCCAGUGACCUCACGAGGACAAAGCAGACCAUGCAUGGGAUUUUGGAGAAAAGUACAUUUUGCAAAGAUAUGACAGUCAAGUAUGAUUCAAGACUUCGAGAAAGGAAAUACGGAGUUGCAGAAGGCAAGGCACUUGCUGAGCUGAGGGCAUUGGCCAAAGCAGCUGGGGAAGAAAUUCCCACAUUCACACCACCCGGAGGAGAGACGUUAGACCAGGUGAAAAUGCGUGGAAAAGACUUUUUUGAAUUUCUCUGUCAACUGAUCCUGAAAGAAGCAGAUCAAAAACAACAGUUUUCCCAAGGAGCACCAGGCCACUGUCUGGAAACUUCUCUGGCAGAAAUAUUUCCUUUAGGAAAAAACUGUGGAUCUGAAUUUAAUUCAGAUGGUGGUACCCCAGGAUUGGUAGCCAGUGUCUUAGUUGUGAGCCACGGAGCUUAUAUGAAAAGCCUGUUUGGUUAUUUUCUGACUGACCUUAACUGUUCUCUACCAGCAACUCUGAGCAAAUCCGAACUUAUGUCAGUCAGCCCCAAUACAGGGAUCAGCCUCUUUAUCAUAAACUUUGAGGAAGGAAAAGAAGUGAAACCAACAAUUCAGUGUGUUUGCAUGAACCUACAGGAUCAUCUAAAUGGAAUGACGGAAACCCGCUAAGUUUAAAUCUACAUCAGCAUCUAACAGCUUCAAGGCUCUGAGACAGUGUCUUUGGAUUUAUUUCCACCCUCUCCUAGUGCUGAUUUGCAAACGGUUAAAAAGCUUUCUAUUAUAGCAAAUUAUAAAGUUCAAAUGGAACCAUAGCUACAUAAAACACUAAUGGAAAACCAUUUAGAAUUGACUUCUUUUCUCUGAGUACACUUGGCAUUUUCCAGAAUAAUUUUACCACCCUGCUAAGUUACAUCUCUGCAUUGUAAAUGGUUGAAGGAACUCACCUUUGCAAGAUGGGAGAUUAAUAACUAUGUCUGAAAAGUCUAGCCUAUUGUAUUGGCUCUUGGUAAGAUACUGUAUAUUUUUAUUAUCUGCUCCAGUGCUUGGAAGAAGGAACUGUUUACUCUGUAAUUUCUUCUUCAUACUUAUAGUGACAAUAUGUUAUAUGUUAAAAAUUCUGUCCUUUAAAUAAAAAAUUCUUACCAUCAUAAAAAAAUGUAAAAUGAAAUGACACUGAAAUAUUUUAUGUAGAAAUCAACUUGGGAAUUUUUUUGUUCUAGAAGGAUUGAAAUGUGGAUGAAUGCAGAUUAUGAUUGCAGAAUGGUCUGGCAAGGAACAGAAAUUAAGGCAUCAUUUGAUUAAAAAAAGUAAAGACGGAA